AUGAGUGCGCUAGAUUGGAAAAUUAUUUGUGUUACGUAUAACGUGAAUACUAGGAAACCCGAAAGUGAUCAGAUCCAUCAGCUUUUACAACACGACGAUGUGAAAGAUGCUGUCAUUGUUGCAGUUGGAUUACAGGAACUUUCUCAUUUGGAGUUAUUCGGUACGAUGCCGGCCGAAACAACAUGGUUAUCAAUUCUAACAUCUUGGAUGAGUGCUCAUGGGAAAUCACUUCUUUGUAAGACAUCACUUGCUUGGAAUUUACUACUCAUUUUCGCUCAGUUGGAAGUGUUUCCUCUAGUGAGUGAAAUCAACUCACGACAGUCACGGUCUAGCUUAGGAGGUCUUACUGGUCAUAAAGGAAGUGUGUCGUUAAGAAUAAAAUUUAAAGAUGAAAGUUCCUUGGUUUUUAUUACGUCCCAUCUUCUACCAAAUGCAAGUAAUUAUGAAAAAAGAUGUUUACAAUAUAAAAAUGGAAAAGUUUGUGCCUUUGAUGAUAUAUCGAGGAGCGGUGAUGGGAACAAUAAUGUAAUUUGGCUCGGCGAUUUCAAUUGGAGAGUAGAUCAGCUCACAUCUCAAGAAAUGAUUAUGAAGCUGGCUGAAUUGAAUUCUAAUGAACAUAUGGAUAAGUUGGUGAAUAAGUUUGAUCAGUUAAAAAGAGCUCAGAGAAACGGACAAGCUUUCAUGGAUUACAAUGAAGAGAAAAUUCAUUUCGCUCCCACUUAUCGCCUCAUGGUUGGCUCCUCAUAUUAUGAUCAAGAACGUGUACCAUCAUGGUGCGAUCGCAUUCUUUUCAAAGGAAAAUCUCUACGUUGUGAACGAUACAAAUCAAAUCGCAUGGUUACUUUAUCGGACCAUUUUCCAGUAUAUGCGCAUUUUAUUCUGUCUGAACCAGUAUCACGACACCAUUCGCAGUGGAAAGUUUGUUUCGAAAAAGUGCCACGCUGGUACAAUAUCGUGCCAUUCACAUGUCGAUUUACAUAUCUGGAUGAUUUCUGGAGCAGUGAUGGAUCAUAUCGUGACUGGGUUGCGAUUUAUUCAGCAGAUGUUCCGAAUUCUGUACAGCCGUUGACUUGGUUAUAUGUAGUUGCUUGUUACAAUACGAUUAUAGCAAAUAGGUCAGUUACUAUUGCUGAAUUUCCUUGUUUAAGUGCUGGACAUUAUCGAGUUGGCUAUUUUAGUGCAUACAAAAAUUGCUUACAGGGUUUGUCGGAUAUUUUUGAGGUGGAAUUUAUCAAGUAG